ACCACCCUACUCCCCCACACUCCCCUCCUCUCUCUUAGCUUUCACAUUCACUUAUUUAGACAGAGUCAGCUCUCCGAUCAUGUUCUAUUGGGUUAUCCUGAUUUUGGGGACAGUUAUUUGUUCCACCACCAAUAAGCCCCUUUAUGGGAUUAUCACAUCCCCUAAUUACCCCCAUCCAUACCCCAAUAACAACCGCAGCAUCUGGGAUAUAUCAGUUCCUGAGGGUCAUCACAUCUCACUCACCUUCCUGCUGUUUGAUCUUGAGCCAUCACUGAACUGUGACUAUGACUUUGUUAAGGUCUUGGCUGAUCAGAGGGAGUUGGGACAAUUCUGUGGUAACUUCGGCUCAAGAUUCCAUCCAGGUCAGCAGCGCUUGGUGUCUCAGGGUACUCAGAUGAGAAUUGAGUUUUCCUCAGAUUUCUCCAAUGAAGAGAACGGAUCAACCAUCCUGUAUCAAGGCUUCCAGGCGUAUUACCGUGCAGAGGACACAGACGAGUGCUCACCACCUAAGGAUAAUGCCCCCUGGAACCCCCCAUGUGAGCAUGUCUGUCACAACUAUAUGGGGAGCUAUUACUGCUCCUGCUUCGUGGGGUACCAACUACAGGAUGAUCAGCGAUCCUGCAAAGUUGAGUGCAGCAGUCAGCAGUUCACAGAGGAAUAUGGUUUCAUCUCCAGCCCAGGGUACCCUAAGCCGUACCCCCCAAACCUAAACUGCAACUACAGCAUUCGCCUGGAGAAAGGGUUAAUCAUCUCCCUCAGCUUCCAUGGGCUUUUUGAGAUCGAUAGCCACCCACGUGCACGGUGCCCAUAUGAUACUCUAAAGAUUUACUCAGGUGGUCGGCUACAGGACACUUUCUGUGGUAAUCGUUCCCCUAAGACCCUGAGAACUCAAAGCAACUCCGUGGACAUUGUGUUCCAAACCGAUGAGUCAGGAGACAGCCGGGGCUGGCGGCUGAAAUACAGAUCAGAGGCUAUUCAGUGCCCGAGGCUUGCACCCCUUGAUGACUUCAGCAUCAUUCGUCCUUGGCAAGAUGAGUACAGGAUGCAUGAAUAUGUUACAGUGACUUGCAAGACUGGGUAUAAACUAAUGGAGGGCAAAAAGGAGCUGUGCAGCUUCACCUCAUUAUGCCAAAAAGAUGGCACCUGGCACCGGGCACUACCAAGCUGUGAAAUUGUGAGCUGUGAGGAGCCGCAGAGCCUACGGAAUGGAAAGUAUACGUUCCUGACUACGACUGGCACCUGGACGUAUCAGUCAGUGAUUGUAUACACCUGUAAUACUCCGUACUACAUCAUGGUGCAUUCUGCAAAUAGCGCGCACUUCACAUGCUCUGCCCAACGGAAGUGGGAGGAUGAGUGCGGGGGCAGUCGUAUCCCAUACUGCGCACCAGUUUGUGGAAGGCCAGAGAAGCCUGUGACCAGUACAGCAAGAAUCAUCGGUGGUGAUAAAGCUGAGAUUGGUAACUUCCCAUGGCAGGUCUUUGUUGCGCAACCUGAACGUGGUGGUGCCGUGCUGAUUGGUGAAUACUGGGUACUAACCGCUGCUCACGUGCUCAUGAAAUCAAAGACUGAGAAAACCCCUGUGGAUGAUAUUAAACUCUUUAUGGGACAUGUUGAAGUGGAUGAACUGAUUAUGUUGUCACAUUAUCCUGUGAAGGAGUUCUAUGUGCACCCAGACUACAACCCCAUAAACUAUGACAAUGACAUUGCUUUGAUUCAUCUGCAACAUCCAGUGGUCAUGAACCAAAAUGUGUCUCCUAUCUGCCUUCCAGACACAAAGAAUGAAAUCCUGUAUGCAACUAAUAGGCUUGGCUAUGUCAGUGGGUUUGGGAAAACUGAGAAUAAUAUGAUUGCUAACAAUCUACUGUACGUGCCCGUGCCCAUGGUCAGCAGAGACAAGUGUCAGAGGUAUGUGGACAGUAAAAGAAACAUCUCUAAGAAUUCCAUAUUUUCCCAGAAUAUGUUUUGUGCUGGUUUCCCAGAGUCUAAAAUUAAAAAAAAGGAUUCUUGCCAGGGGGACAGUGGGGGACCCUUUGCUUCUGAUGAUAAUGAUGACACUUGGGUGCUCACUGGACUUGUGUCAUGGGGCAUUAAAUGUGGGCAGGGAUAUGGUUUUUACACUAAAGUCAACAACUACAUAGACUGGAUCCAGAGGUACAUUAUUGAAUGAGAACUUGAUUAAAACUAUCAUUAUCUUGGUGACACCUUAUC